GUGUCCAAAAUGGCCGAGACUGAAACCGAUAAUAACAGUAUUGUUCGGCCCGACAAAAAUAACAAGGGCCCGGUAGCUAAUAAUGGACCCCGACGUGUUACUAUCUACAAAACGGACACAGGUUUUGGUUUUAACGUUCGGGGGCAAGUCUCCGAAGGUGGCCAGCUAAGAUCGAUUAACGGGGAGCUGUAUGCUCCUUUGCAGCAUGUCAGCGCCGUUCUGGAGCAGGGUGCCGCUGAGCAGGCCGGUAUCAGGAAAGGCGACAGGAUCCUCGAAGUCAACGGCGUGAACGUGGAGGGCGCGACCCACAAGCAGGUGGUCGAUCUCAUCAAGUCCGGCGGAGACUGUCUCACGCUGACAGUCAUCUCCGUCACACAGAAGGAAGCCGAGCGCCUGGAGCCAUGCGAGGACGGGUCGACGCCGGCGGCUCGCACGCGCCCCGACUACAGCGACAAGCGCUCCCUGCCCGUCUCCGUGCCUGACUACCGCGUCGUGAUGGAGCGCGGCGGGCGCAGCCACGUGGCGUUCAACGUGCACAUGGCCGGCCGCCACCUGUGCUCGCGCCGGUACCGCGAGUUCGCCGACCUGCACGCCCAGCUGCGCCGCGAGUUUGUGGGCUUUAACUUCCCGAAGCUGCCGGGCAAGUGGCCGUUCACGCUGAGCGAGCAGCAGCUCGACGCCAGGAGGAGAGGUCUCGAACAGUAUUUAGAAAAGGUUUGCGCAGUCCGCGUGAUAGCGGAGUCCGAGGCUGUCCAAGAGUUCCUAACAGACUCGGACGAUUCCUCCAACCCGUCACCGGUGGACCUGAAAGUCCUGCUACCUGAUAAAGAGGUGGUCACAGUAUCGGUACUCAAGUCGACCAACGCUGACGAUGUGUACCGAGCGGUCUGCGACAAAAUAGGAUUGUCUAAGUCCGUACAGAAGUAUUUUUACCUUUUUGAAAUUGUGGAAUAUAAUUUUGAGCGCAAACUCCAGCCGAACGAGUGCCCCCACUCGCUGUACAUCCAGAACUACUCGACCGCGUCCAGCAGCUGCCUGUCCAUCCGCAAGUGGCUGUUCCACCCCGGCCGGGAGGUGGCCAUCGUCAACGAGGACAGCAAAGCCGCCGCGUUCAUAUUCUGGCAGGCCGUGGAGGACGUGAACCGCGGCGUGUGCUGUGCGGGAGCGCGGCUGUACCAGCUGAAGGCGCUGCAGGAGGUGCGGCGGGCGGCCGAGUACCUCGCCCUCGCGCGCACGCUGCCCGGCUACGGACACGUCGCGCUGCCGCCCGCGCGCACCGAUUGCCGCGCCACGCCCGCCCUCGCGCUCACACUAGGCUGGAGCGGCCUGAAGCUGUCGGCGUGGUCGGAGGAGGGCGUGGCGGGCGGCGAGGUGCGGGUGUCGUGGCGCGAGGUGCGCGAGUGGCGGGCGGACGACGACGCCGCCGCCGCGCGCCUGCUGUACGCGCCGCACGACCGCCAGCCGCGCGCGCUCACAGUAUACACUCCAUACUACCAAUUCCUCAUCAACUGCAUGGACCGAAUAGCCGAGGAGCAGAGUUGGGUGGACACCGGCGAGUAGAAACCUCUCCACGCUGCAUAGUGUAAGGAUAUGAACUGUAUUAUGCCAUAGCACGACGUCGGACGGCGCUCAUUGUACUAUACAAACUAUGUAUAUUCAGAGAAGUUGAUUCCUAGGCAGAAGACGGACCUACAUGCGUUGG